AUGAAGAGCCCAGCAAUUUUCUCAAGAGGAUCCAUUGCCCUACUUGUCAUUCUCCUUUCAACAAUAUGCUUGGUGACUGAAGCUCAGCAAUGUCGUCCAAGUGGUAAGAUUAGAGGAAGGAAGGCCCCUGCUGGACAAUGCAACAAGGAGAAUGACUCUGACUGCUGCGUUGCCGGCAAAAUGUACCCGACCUACAAAUGUUCACCGCCAUUGUCCGGGAGCACCAAGGCCUACCUAACUCUCAACAGUUUUGAGAAAAAUGGAGACGGAGGUGGUCCAUCAGAAUGUGACAACCAAUACCAUAAUGACAACACACCGGUUGUGGCAUUGUCCACUGGAUGGUACAACAAUGGAGGAAGGUGCCAUAACCACAUCAGAAUUAAUGGUAACGGGCGCAGUGUGGUGGCCAUGGUGGUAGAUGAGUGUGACUCUACCGAGGGAUGUGAUGCAGACCAUGACUACCAACCUCCUUGUCCUAACAACAUUGUUGAUGCUUCAAAGGCUGUCUGGAAAGCCUUGGGUGUGCCUGAGGACAACUGGGGUGGCUUAGAUAUCACAUGGUCCGACGCUUAGUCAUAUCAGUGUGAUCUGUCUAGCUAGCUUGUUGCUUUAUGUGUAUUGUCUGUACUGUGUGGAAUUUUCUCUGAAGUAUGUCUUGUAUAUUAUAGAAGUCAAUAUAGAGCAUUGACUUCUUCUAUCUUAUAUUGUGGUCAAUGUGAAAUAUAACACAAUAUCAAACAUAGGUAUCCAUCUCUAUGAUAUGGAGAUGAACUGCUUGAAGCAUCUA